AUGCGUUCUGUCCCAUCAUGCGUGAUCACUGAUCAAGACCCGGCUAUGAAGAUUGCUAUUGCCCAGGUUUUGCCAGAUUGCCGACACCGUUUCUGUAUGUGGCACAUUAUGACAAAGGUGAACGAGAAAAUUGGGUCUGACUUGGUAAAGGAUGUGCAGUUCCGCAAUAGGCUAAACGGUAUUGUCUGGAACGAGACCAUCAGUGUAGAUGAGUUCGAAGUGCAAUGGCAUUUGUUAAUGGAGGAGUACAACCUAACAACCCACCGCUGGUUCACCAAGUUGUACACUGAAAGGGAGUUCUGGAUCCCUGCAUAUUUUACAGAUUUGCCCAUGAGUGGGUUGUUGCGCACUACGUCCCGAUCUGAAGCAGAGAAUAGCGUUUACGGGAAGUGUUCCCGACCCCACUUCAGUCUGCUGGAGUUUUAUAUGCAGUACGAGAGUGAAAUGGAGACCCAGCGUUACAAGCAAAGCAAGUUAAACGCUGAGAGCGAGGGGUACUUGCCCGAUUUCAAAACCCCCUUGGCGCUUGAACGGUAUUUGGCACAGAAGUUCACGAUAACAAUUUUUUAUGAGCUACAACAAGAAAUUGAAGCUGGGUGUUUUUAUUGUCGAGUGGUUGGUAUCCGUGAGGAGGGGGAGGUCAUCACUUACGACAUAAGAGGGGAAGGCACCGCUACCUACACUGUGCAAUACACCCCGGUAGGGAAUCAUGCAUCCUGUAGUUGCAAGCUAUUUGAGCGGAUGGGGUUAGUUUGUCGUCAUAUGUUCUUAGUGUUCAGGGAUGCACAGAUUAAAAGCUUGCCGUUGGACUAUGUCCUUCCACGUUGGUGUAAGCAGGUUGGAGGUGUUGUAUGUUGCCGGCAGUGUUGCGAUGUUUCUUCUACGGACUCUGGUCCUAGCCGGAUAUGGAAUGCGAUGCACACAUGCGCUGCAUUGGUAGGCAUCAACACAGAACGACAGUCACGACUGGUGCAAGUAUUAGAAGAUCUGAAAGGGGAAUUUCUGAGUGCUGGUCCACACGUUGUCCCUGCAAAAGGUAACAAUGCUGCCAUCGUGGCUUUAUGUGGCGUUGCACCCCCAGCAUCCAUCACCAUCAAGCCCCCUGCUCAAGCUAAAAACAAAGGGACGGGCAAGCGUAUUAAAAGCCAACGUGAGUUAGCUGUUUUGAGCAGUGCUAAAAUAGGGCGUAAAUGCGGUGUGUGCGGCGAGUACGCCCGUCAUAAUGCUCGUAGUUGUCCCUAUAAGUAA